AUGAGUGACGAGCUAACUUUCCAUCGUCGCGGUGGGCGCGUGCGUGGGGCCGAAGGGUAUCGCUCCGAUGAUGUUCGGUCACUUUUGGCAUGUGUAAAGAAAUAUCUGCCCACCACCGCAGAAGAGUGGAACCUUGUGCUGGAAGAAUACCAUCGCACGCACGCGACCCCAAACGCUCGUGCACGACGUGACUCGUGCACACUCAAAGCCAAGUUUAUGAACUUGGCACGUUAUACUCAAUGUGGAGAAAGUACCCGCUGCGACAUGGCGGAAGCCAAAGCAGUUCUAAAGCUGAUUCAGUCGAAAAUGGUGGACACGAAGUGUCUUCAGCGUCGAGGAGGUAGACCUCAAGGUGCUCAAGGGUACUCAGCUGCAGAUUCUCAAGCUCUAUUACAAACCAUACAAAGGAUUUUGCCCGUGUCAAGACAAGACUGGGACCUCGUAGCAGACGAGUAUUGUCGCGGCUAUGCCAUCCCUCACGACCGACGUAGUCGAGGCGGUCAUGCACUGGAAAGGAAGUAUCGAAAAUGGCUUAAGGCUGGCUCGAAAGGUGUGGAACAAGAUGAAGCGAGUCUAGCACUUGCUGUUAAAGCGCAGAUCGGCGCGAAAGCGUUAAAGAAGAAGAGAACGACUUUGUCAGAAGAUUUGAGGACAAAGAACGUGAUUGUGGUGACAACGAGAAGCAACAUGAAAAUAAUCAAGGCUGGCGGUAGGAGAGAGACUGUGAUUGCUGGGGAAGUGGAAAAUGGAGAGGAAGACGUGCACGUGGCCAACUUGAUUGAACACCUUAUUGCCAAGUACGACGACGCAUUGGGCGUGUCGACGACUGGCGGCAUAACGAAGAGACUUGCGGUUGGAUGGGGCACUGGACUCAUGUAUGACACGGUCGUUUGCACGUAUACAGGUGGAAUGUACUUUGGCGGUCUUAUGGUCGCCAACGAUUAUCUUGAUGGCAACAAUGUACGGAGUUGGGCUGCUACGACGUCAGACAAGUGCUCACGGUUUUUUUUUGCGAUCAUCAUUGGCGCCAUGGCGCUCGGACAGACUGCUCCAAGCGCCGAGGUGUUCACGUAG